AUGGGAUUACAUACUAAUUUGUUGUCCUUUUGUAAUUCAAUCUUUGCCUUGUUUCGCUCCAUUCUCGUCCUAUUCAAUCGGGGAAAAGCAAUCGCCUUUCCUUUGCCUGGCAACAGUCAGCCUGCCAGCGCCACCUCGGGACAACUUGUCCUCGGUCUCGAGGGUCUCCGCUUGACAACCUCUGCAGGCAGUGGCAAUAGUGGUGGUAAUAUUGGUUCUGCUGCCUCUGCUGCUGCUGCUGCUGCUGCUGUGGCCGUCGGUGCCGCCAUCACGACUGUCAAUCGGAGUAGUGCAGGGCCGGCCGGAACCUCGGAGGUUGGCCGAUCUGGUCUGUUGGCCGAACCGAUUGAAUCGGAGGGUGGUGAUGAGCCGCCCGAUGUGAGCCUCGGAAUGCUGAGUGAGCAGUCGUCUGUUGCCAUGGUGACGCCAAGGGAUGCU